AUGGCACGUAUUGAAGAUCAUGUUAUUGGUGCAUCUUCCAAAGUUCGGAAGGAUAAGCCUCCGCUGGCAGUUAGUGUGAAGGGAUUUGUGAAGACACUUGAAAAUAUCUCAGACAAUGAAGCUCAGGAGAUCCUGGAAGAGAAGUCCUAUGUUGCUGUUCUUGGAAUACGUGCCCAAGAAUCGAUGGGAAAUGGCUCAGGUGUGGGUGGUGGUGAAGUUUACACAUUCCAGACUCCAAAACGCUCUGGCAAAAUGGCAGAGCUGGCCUCUGAAUUAGCCCGGACACCAGGACAAAGUGAGGUACUUGAUCGCGCUGAGUGUCCUGAGAAGACUGUCAAAACCCCCCAAAGCAGCAAACAUUUGAAUUCAAACAAAGCGCAGCAGAAGAGUAAAAAGAAUGAAUUUGUGUCCACCACUCCUUACAGACUCAGGAGGAGGCUAGCAGCUCCGGACACUCCUGUAGAGAGUGAGAGUGAAUAUUCUGCUUCCUGCUCAGAGGAGGAGGAGGAGGAAGAAGAACAGAAAGAAUCUAGUACUGUUGUAGCAGGCCGAAAGACACCAGCAAAAACGAAGGCUGCAUCUACACCUCUUCCCAAAAAGUCAUUAUCCAAAAAAGUGAAGGAGGACAAGAUGAGCAACCUGGUGGAGGAAUACUUCGAAGCCCACAGUAGUUCCAAAGUGCUCACCUCAGACCGAACACUGCAGAAACUGCAGAAAAGAAGGUUGAAUCAGGAAACAUUGCGUGACCUUUUGAAAAAAGCUCCUCUUCCCUUUGCUGCUGAAAUUAAAGAGCUAAAUCAACAGCAUGAGUCCCUGUUUUCCAAGUGGAUGCUGCAGUUACACUUGGGUUUCAAUAUCGUGCUCUAUGGACUGGGCUCAAAGCGGGAUUUGUUAGAGAAGUUUCGUACCUCCCUGCUCCAGGAUUCUGUUCACCUUGUGGUUAAUGGAUAUUUCCCCAGCAUCACUGUAAGAUCAAUUUUGAACUCCGUCACAGAGGAAGUACUGGAGCAUACUGGGACGUUCCGUAGUCCCCUUGAUCAACUUGAAUUCAUCAUGAAGAGGUUUAAAGAAGAUUCUUCUCUAGAGCUCUAUGUCCUCAUUCAUAACCUGGACAGCCAAAUGUUGAGAGGAGAAAGAAGUCAGCAGAUCCUUGCACAGUUAUCUUCUCUGCCUAGCAUUUACCUCAUUGCCUCUAUCGAUCACAUCAAUGCGCCUCUCAUGUGGGAUCAGGCAAAGCUAAGCCUCUACAACUGGCUUUGGUAUGAAACAACCACAUUUAGUCCUUAUGUGGAAGAAACAUCUUACGAGAACUCACUUUUAGUGCAGCAGUCUGGAUCUUUGGCUUUGAGCUCCUUAACACAUGUCCUGCGCAGUCUCACUCCCAAUGCCAGGGGGAUAUUCAGAUUGCUUGCACAGUACCAGCUGGAGAACAAGGACAACCCAUCUUAUCCAGGGCUCUCUUUCCAAGACUUCUACCAGCAGUGUCGGGAGGCGUUCCUCGUGAACAGUGACCUGACACUCAGGGCACAGCUGACAGAAUUCAGGGACCACAAGCUCAUCCGGACCAAACGGGGAGCUGAUGGUGUGGAAUACUUACUGAUUCCUGUAGAUGACAGUACCUUGACUGACUUCUUGGAGAAAGAAGAUGAAGAUGUGUAACGUCUCUGUGUUCCCAAAGCAACUAUGGCAACUGCUUUCAAGGGUUGCUGGAGAGGGGCCUGUACUCAGAUCUCUCUCCCUCCAAGCCCAAAGCUGCUGGACUACUACAAUGUAGUAUUUUUCUGAUGCUCAUUGUUCAGCUACUUCAGGUAGUUUGGAAUGAUGAUUUCUACAAGCAAGGCAUCUCUUGCUCUGACUUUGAUUUGUCUACUUUGUUUGUUUGCUCAGAUGAGGUCUUUUUCAUAGCUAUGCAGCCAAACUUACAGUAAGGAAAACCUGCUCAGUAAGAUUGUGCCUUCUGGUUAUUACCUCACCAGACAUGAGGGUUUAGUUAGAGCAGUUCACUUGUUAAAUGCAAACCACCAGAUGGUUAGAGCUUUAUUUUAUACCAGUGAUACAG